AUGUCUCUAAAGGAGCGGUGCUAUGAACCUCCAUCUGUCUCUAAGCUGCUGGAGUUCCUGUUAGCCGACCGACGGCCCACCAGCCACCUCAACCAAGUCUGGCCCAAACUCUACAUAGGCAACCAGGAGACAGCUCCUGACAAGGCCAUUCUGCACAGCCUGGGGAUCACACAUAUAGUGAACGCUGCCCACGGCCCCCCAAUCCCCAGCCCAGGACCCUGUUUCCAUGUCGACACUGGCCCACAUUUCUAUAGAGACAUGUCUGUGGAUUAUUAUGGGGUGGAGGCUGAGGAUGCUACAGAGUUUGUUCUGAGUCCAUUGUUCUACCCUAUGGCCCAUUACAUCAGAGCUGCCCUGGCCAAGGGAGGGAGGGUGUUUGUUCACUGUCUGAUCGGUGUGAGUCGGUCAGCGGCACUGGUUCUGGCCUUCCUGAUGAUCGUUGAGGGUCUGAUGCUGCAGGAGGCUGUGGCUGCAGUCAGGCCACAGAGAAACAUCUGCCCCAACACCGGCUUCCUCCUGCAGCUGGACCUCAGCUUGGCCAAGGAGAGGACCAGAUGA